AUGAGUGUCCAGUGUGUCGACUGGAUGCUUGAGGUGAUCCCUGGACUGCAGUGGACAACUGCCUUCAGUUCUAUCUUUAUCCAGACUGCAGGUUUCUAUGAACUGCCUUUGGAUGUCACUAUAACUAGUAAUGUAUGGUGUAGAGUGGAUGGUGAUCCACUCACUUGCUAUGAUGAGGAGCAUGGUGUCAGGGGUCUCGCGCCUGAAACCCAGGUCGGUCUGUCGAGAUACUUGGUGACUAUCAAACUGUGUGACAGCUAUUGUCUCGGUAUCGGUAUUGACGAGCUAGUUGCUUGGCAACUAUCAAGUUGCACAAUGACAGCAGGUGGCAUUUGUUGUAUAACUACUGCCUUCGGUUCUAUCUAUAUCUGGACCACUGUUAUGAUGUGUGUAGAGUGGAUGAGGAUCCACUCAACCUUUGAUGAUGAAAAGAGGGUACCUUCUUCAUCGAGUACUGUUCAGGGGGCCUCUUCUGCUUGCUUGGCACCCCUGUGCCUCUUGAGCUGUGUCGACUCCUUCGACACUGCUCCUUCUCCUUGCUAUCCUGCUUGUUUGGCACCCCUGUGCCUCCUGAGUGGUGUCGACUCCUUCGACACUGCUCCUCCUCCUCAGGACCUGCUUGCUGGUUUCCUAUACACUGCUCCUUCUCCUUUGACUGGUGAUGGUUCCUUUGACUCUUGUCUCUCGAGCCCCUGA